AAAAAAAAAAAAGGAAUCUUCUUCACUCUAAAUCACUUUCUUUGCUGGACUGGGAUAUUAAAUAUACGACACAUCCAGGAGUUUAUUGGAGCGCAGACUGAUGGCGCAAAGGUACGAUGAGCUGCCCCACUACGGCGGGAUGGACGGAGUAGGGGUGCCGGCGUCCAUGUACGGGGACCCCCACGCCCCCCGGCCGAUCCCCCCGGUGCACCACCUCAACCAGGGGCCGCCGCUCCACGCCGGACAGCACUACGGCGCCCACGCCCCGCACCCCAAUGUCAUGCCGGCCAGCAUGGGCUCCGCUGUCAACGACGCUCUGAAGCGGGACAAGGAUGCGAUCUACGGGCACCCGUUGUUCCCCCUCUUAGCUCUGGUCUUUGAGAAGUGCGAGCUGGCGACCUGCACGCCCCGGGAGCCCGGCGUGGCCGGCGGGGACGUCUGCUCCUCCGACUCCUUCAACGAGGACAUCGCCGUCUUCGCUAAACAGGUCCGCGCCGAAAAACCACUUUUUUCUUCAAAUCCAGAGUUGGACAAUUUGAUGAUCCAAGCAAUACAAGUACUAAGGUUUCAUCUUUUGGAAUUAGAAAAGGUUCAUGAAUUGUGUGAUAAUUUCUGCCAUCGGUACAUUAGUUGUUUGAAAGGAAAAAUGCCAAUAGACCUCGUUAUUGAUGAAAGGGAUGGCAGCUCCAAAUCAGACCAUGAAGAACUCUCAGGAUCUUCCACAAAUUUAGCUGAUCAUAAUCCUUCAUCUUGGAGAGACCACGAUGAUGCAACCUCAACGCACUCGGCAGGCACGCCAGGGCCCUCCAGCGGGGGCCACGCUUCCCAGAGCGGAGACAACAGCAGCGAGCAAGGCGAUGGUUUAGACAACAGCGUAGCCUCACCUGGUACAGGAGAUGAUGAUGACCCAGACAAGGACAAAAAGCGUCAGAAGAAAAGAGGCAUUUUCCCCAAAGUAGCAACAAAUAUCAUGAGAGCGUGGCUUUUCCAGCAUCUCACACAUCCAUAUCCUUCAGAGGAGCAGAAGAAACAGUUAGCCCAAGACACGGGACUUACAAUUCUACAAGUAAACAACUGGUUUAUUAAUGCCAGAAGAAGAAUAGUACAGCCUAUGAUUGACCAGUCAAAUCGAGCAGGUUUUCUUCUUGAUCCUUCAGUGAGCCAAGGAGCAGCAUAUAGUCCAGAGGGUCAGCCGAUGGGAAGCUUUGUGUUGGAUGGUCAGCAGCACAUGGGAAUCCGGCCUGCAGGUUUGCAAGGCAUGCCAGGGGACUACGUAUCUCAGGGUGGUCCUAUGGGUAUGAGUAUGGCACAGCCAAGUUACACUCCUCCCCAGAUGACCCCACACCCAACUCAAUUAAGACAUGGACCCCCAAUCCAUUCAUAUUUGCCAAGUCACCCCAACCACCCAGCCAUGAUGAUGCACGGAGGACCCCCUAUCCACCCUGGAAUGACCAUGUCAGCACAGAGCCCCACAAUGUUAAAUUCUGUAGACCCCAGUGUUGGUGGACAGGUUAUGGACAUUCAUGCCCAAUAGUAUAAGGGAACUCAAGGGAAAAACAAAACAAAAACAAACAGAAACUAUUUUAAGACUUUUGAACUUUGACCAGAUGUUGACACUUAAUACGAAAUUCCAGACAGCUGUGAUUAUUUUUUACUUUUUGUCAUUUUUCAUCAACAACAGAGGACCAAUGAAACAAGAACACAAAUGUGAAAUCAUGGGCUCACUGAAAUGAACAUGUCCAUGUACAGAUCCUCUGGAAAAAAAAAAAGACUCCAAGAGUUAUAACUACUGUAGUAUAAACAUAGGAACUAAGUUAACUUGUACAUUUCUGUUGAUCACUCCGUUACGUUGCCUCAAAUAGUUUUAGAAGAAAAAAAAUCCUUGUUUUCCACACUAUGUGUGUUGUUCCCAAAAGAAUGACUGUUUUGGUUCAGCAGUGAAGUCACUAUCCAUGAAAGACCUGUUUUGGCCAGUGAGAAAAGAACUACUCUGGAGAUGAAGACGAAAAGUCUUGCUGGGUCUCUCAUCACUCAGAAGACUGUUCCAAGAAGGCCUUGCCAUUCCCUCAUUUUGUUCCUUCAUAAAAUGUGUCCUUUAGUUUCAAACAGAUCUUUAUAGUUUGUGCUUCAUUAAGUCUCUCCCCAUUCCUCCCAAUCUUUUUUUUUUUUUGGACUCUUCUUCAAAGAGCUUGCAGGUGAAGAUUUAAAAGACAGAACAGACAGAGCAGAAGCUUCUUCCAGUAGUUCUGAGCCUUGGCUUUGGACAAAACAAAACUAAAAGUUGGGCAGCUUUCCUCAAUGAAAGAAGUUACUAACGGUCUUUGCACCAAACCUAGGACUUUAUCAUGAACUCAAAGCUUGGGAAAAAAAAAAAAAAAGCAAGAGAAUACUGUAACAAACUUCGUACAGAGUUCGGUCUAUUAAUUGUUUCAUGUUAGAUAUUCUAUGUGUUUACCUCAAUUGAAAAAAAAAAA